AUGUCGACUUCAAUUGUCGACGAACCUCUAUCAGAAUCUUAUGAUUUCUAUGAUGCAAAACAAGAAAUUAUUGUAACAUUAUAUGCUAAUGGUGCUUUCGAAGUAAAAGAUAUUGAUAUUGCUAUUGAAACCGAUUCACUUGAAAUUCGUACACCAGCAAAAGAAAUUUGGAUAUUUCAAUUAUGGGCACAUAUUUAUUCUGAUCGAGUUGAAAUUGAAACAACAAUAAAUUCUUCACGAACACAAACAUCAAUUGAAAUACGUUUAAUUAAACAACAACCACGUGUUAUUUGGCCACAAUUAUUUAGUUUUCAUUCUACACCAAUAACACCACAACGUGAUGGACAAUUAAAUGCCUAUGAAGAUGUCAAUAUGUUAGAUCAACAACAAUAUGAUUUAGCAAUAAAAAAGAUUAAAACUGAUUUUUUCGAAUCAAAUGAAACAUUUACAACAUAUAUUUAUAUAAAACAAGUACAUGAUUGUCAAAUACAAUUUACCGAAACAAAUUUUACAGCUAGUUUUCAAACUGAUGAUCAACAAUUUCUUAAUACACAUUCGAUAACAUCGGAUAAAUUAAUAAAAUUAUUUGUUCGCGUUAAAGAACGUAUUAUACCUACGAAAUGUUCAUUUAAAAUAACACCAACACUUAUUGAAAUAUUACUUGCUAAAGAUAAUCCAAGUAGUUCAAAAUGGGGUCGAUUAGAACCAAGUGAAUAUUCCGAAUCACGUCCACUUACACAACAAACAACACCAACGACACCACCAUCAUCACCGAUUUCUGCAUCAUCAUCAUCAACAAAUAUUAAUUCAAAUAAAGCUAUCCCAUUACCACCACCUCCGCCACCACCACCACUUCCUUCACCAUCUACGACUCGUCAACCAGAGAAAUAUCCUUCUGCAUCAGCAUUUGCAUCAUCAAUUCAUCAAAAAGAUAAUACGACACCAAGUGUAUCUAUAUCAUCAUCAUCAAUUGGUUUUACUGGCAUUCAUAAUCCAGCGAAUUCAUGUUUUAUGAAUGCUGCUGUUCAAUGUUUAUCUAAUACACGUGAAUUACGUGAUUAUUUUAUUCAAUCUUAUCAUUUAUCCGAACUUAAUCGAACAAAUCCAUUAGGUAUGAAAGGUACAAUGGCGGAAGAAUUUGGUAGUUUAAUUAAAAAUUUAUGGAAUGGAAAAUAUAAUUGGACAAAUGGAAAUCGAUUACGAAGUUUAGCUUCUCAAAGACAUCAAGAAUUUGUUGGUAAUGGACAACAUGAUGCACAAGAAUUAUUAACAAUAAUAUUGGAUGCUAUUCAUGAAGAUCUUAAUCGAGUAGUAGUUAAACCUCAAGUACCACCAGUAGAAGAUCAAGGUAGAUCUGAUCAUAUUGUUGCUGAUGAAUAUUGGCGUGGUUAUUUAAGUCGAAAUGAUUCGAUUAUUGUUCAAUUAUUUACAGGACAAUUUAAAUCAAAAACAAAAUGUCCACAAUGUCAUAAAGAAUCAGUUACAUUUGAUCCAUUUACAUCACUUUCUGUACCAUUACCUAAACGAAUAGCUGUGGAUACAAUUGUAACAUACAGAAGUGAUGAAAAACCACCAAUUAAAUAUCGUAUUGUCAUGUCAGCAGAUGGUUUAAUUGGUGAAUUUAAACGACUUUUAUCUGCUAAAUGUGGUUUACCAACUAAUAAAAUGUUAGCAUAUAAACUUCGAAGUAAUCGUAAUGUAGAACAUCUUAAAGAUGAUGAUCGACCAACAUCAGCUGGUUACACAUGGAAUAAUAAUGAUAUUAUUUACAUAACAGAAACAUUAACAAGUGCUGAAUGUAAUAAUGAACCAAUUAUCCAUUUAACAUUUAUUCAACGUGUAUUUAAAUUAUCUGAGUAUGUUUCAUCAUGUGGUUAUUGUCAAGCACCACCUAAUCCUCAUAGUACAUCAAAAUUUUGUCUUAAUUGUCAUCAAGUAUCGUAUUGUGAUGAUGUAUGUCAAAAACUUCAUGCAACAGAACAUAAAAAUUAUUGUGGAUUUCGUUUAUCAGAUAAUUAUGAAAUCAUUGGUAUUCCGUUUAUUAUUUCAUUACCGGAAUCAAAAUUAACAUGCGAAAAUGUAUUCGAACAGAUUAGUAUUUAUGCUAAACGUAGUGUAGAUAUUCAUAUAGAACGUUCAAAACAUAGUCGACGAGCAAUACUAAUAAAUGAUGAUUAUGAUCGUAUUAAUAGUGAUCUCGAAGAUGAUGAAGAUAGUUUUAGUGACAUUGAAAAUGUUGAUUGGCCAACAAUAAAAGAUACACUUUCAUCAUCUGAUUCUUGGUCUAUAUGUCGUUUAGGUGAUUAUUUUGUUAAGAUUGGAAAAAAUAAACGUCGUCGUCAUCAUGAUGAUAAUAAAACAAAUCAUAAAGAAAAAAUCUUAAAAAAUGAUGUAUUAAAUAGUGAUAGUAAUAGUAGUACUGAAGAUUUUGAUAUGCUUGAUGAUAUCUAUGGAAAUCAACCAUUAUUUCGUUUAAUGCCACAAAUAUCAAAUAAUUCAGCGAAUAAAAUCAAUAAUAUUCAACCAAUUGUCGAACCUGGUCGUGAUUCUGAUAAGAUCUUACGUCAUACAACAUCAUUUUCAAUUGAUUGGUUUACAGAUAAUAAAAAUGAAGCACCAUUACGUGUUAUACCAUCAAAACAUCGCAAUGGUAUCAAUGGUCUUAUUGAAGAUGAUAGUGUACUUGAUUCAUCUUGUGGUGAUCAAGAGAUAACACUUCAACAAUGUCUUCAAAUGUUUAUUGAACCUGAAGUAUUAGGUCCAGAUGAUAAAUGGUAUUGUCCACAUUGUAAAGAACAUAUGCAAGCUGAAAAGAAAAUGUCUGUUUGGCGUCUACCACCAAUUCUUAUUAUACAACUUAAACGAUUUAAAUAUUAUCAUGGUCCAUCGUAUGGUUAUUUAUCAGAUUCAAGAGUUAAAAUUGAUACAAAUGUUAAAUUUCCAGUUCAUGAUCUUAAUAUGGGACCAUAUUGUUCAUCGACUACAGAUUCAUCUCAAACUCGUUAUGAUUUAUUUAGUAUUAUAAAUCAUCGUGGUAGUGCAUGGUUUGGACAUUAUACAUCUUAUGCAAGACUUUUAUCUUACAAUGAUCCAGCUAAAACUGAAAUCGGUUGGAGAAAUUUUGAUGAUGAACAUGUAUCAUCAUUAUCAAAUGAUAAGGAUCUUGCUCGAUCUGAUGCUUAUGUUCUUUUUUAUCGUCAUCGUCAUUUACCUGUACAUCUUAAUAUUAAUGAGCAAAAUUCAUCAUCACCAAUAUCAAUGGAUACAUACGAAGAUGCAGUAUCAACGGAUAAAUAUGGUGAUACAGUAAUAAUGGAAUCAUCAUCAUCUUCAAUGAAAGAUAUAAAUGAUCUUUUAAGCUAA